ACCACCUCCUUCCACCAUUUCUCAAUGCUACCCUGCGCUAGAGCGAAUCUCAGACGUUCUGUAUCUGAUGUCUAUAAUAGGCCGCUCAAAUCUUCCUUGCAUCCCGCGUAUCGCCAGUUUCACCAUCUGUCCCAACGGACGUGCACCAGUGAAAUCAGGUCGUCGGGCUUGGUCCCUAUCGUCAUUGAACAAACGGGACGGGGCGAACGUUCAUACGAUAUCUUCUCCCGUCUGUUGAGGGAGCGUGUUGUGAUGCUUCACGGCCCGAUACAUGACUCGGACUCUGCUCUGAUUGUCUCCCAACUCCUGUUUCUCGAAGCGGAGGACUCGUCCAAGCCAAUACAUCUGUACAUAAAUUCGCCAGGAGGCAGUGUCACGGCUGGAAUGGCUAUAUAUGACACAUAUGUCUCGUCGAGCAUCCACACGUACUGCAUCGGACAAGCGUGUUCCAUGGGAUCACUGCUCUUAGUCGCUGGUGAGAAAGGCAAGCGUCACUGUCUUCCUCACGCCAGCAUCAUGAUACAUCAGCCUUCAGGAGGUGCUUCUGGGCAAGCUUCGGACAUCGCUAUCCAUGCCAAAGAGAUCCUGCGCGUGCGCGAGGUUCUUACGAGGGUCUAUCAGCACCAUUGUCAACGGCCCAAUGAGCUCGAGACAGAAGCACUACAACGCUUUGAGACGGCCUUGGAGCGUGAUUAUUUCAUGACUGCGCAGGAAGCUCUCGACUUUGGGAUUGUGGAUAGCAUUCUAGAGAAGAGGCCGCGGUCCGACUCCGGGGUUACGAGCUAAUCCCCAUUCGGGAAGGAUGUAGCUCGAGAUCCAUUAGAGUGUAUUUGCAGGUGGUGAAAGUUCUCCACAGUAGGCAAAGAUGUCCGCGGGGAGCCCCGCCAAAACAUGCAGUGCGUAGUCAACGUCCCACUCCACUUUUCCCGUGCUGCAAAUACACUCUAUUGUCCUGCCUUGUAAUGAACUCGGUAACAUGAAC